AUGUCCCGCGAAACCCUCUCCUUCCCCCCCACCUCCAUUCCACCCCUAGAACCCUACCUCCCCCUUACCUCCCCCUCUCCAAGCUCAAAACCACACCUAACCCUCACCUACGCCACCUCCCUCGAUGCGUCCCUCUCCCUCGCCCCAGGCGUCCGCACAACCCUUUCCGGCCCUUACUCCAAAUCAAUGACGCACUACCUCCGCACCCGCCACAACGCCAUCCUCGUCGGGUGCACCACCGCACUCGUCGACAACCCAGCCCUCAACUCCCGGCUAGGAAGCAUCACCUCUCUCGACCAACAACCCCGCCCUAUCAUCCUCGACCCAAAAGGUCGCUGGGACUUCACCGAGGACAGCCAGGUAAUCCGUCUAGCGGCUGAGUUUAAGGGGAAGGGCCCUUGGGUGGUGACUAAGAGGGGAGGGGAGACUAAGGAACGGGGAGAGUUGCUGGAACGUGUAGGGGGCAAGUUUUUGGUUUUGGAAACGGGGGAGGACGGGAGGUUUAAAUGGGGGGAUGUGUUAAGUGUUUUGGGGGAGCAAGGAGUGAGAAGUGUCAUGGUAGAGGGAGGAGGGGAGGUGAUCAACUCUCUCCUCAUCGACCCAGAGAACCGCCUCGUCGACUCGGUAAUCAUCACCAUCGCCCCAACUUGGCUCGGCAAAGGCGGGGUGGUAGUCUCACCCUCACGACAACAAGGACAGACGUCACAACUGAAGCUGCGGGAUGUAUCCUGGCAACCUCACGGCGAAGACGUGGUGCUUUGCGGGAGGAUUUUGCGCAGUUGA